CUCUCGCGGUAUCGUCGCUUUUCAGAUUGUUUUUUCGCCAAAUUUUCCUUGAAAAAGAUUCGACUAAGCGUAAACGAAAUAAAGUUCUCUUUGCUAGUCAAUAGCUACGUAAAAUUUUGCGUAGGAAAAUGUGGUAAAAGUUCAAUAAUCCGGUGAGAUUCAAUUGCAGCGCUGAUAGGUGUUGUGAUUGGGAAGUGAAAGUUUCUGGAUCUGGAAUUGAAAUGACUGCAAAAUGCAACUUAUGCCUGUUCUAUUGUCCUCCUUCGUCGAUGGAGAACGAUGAUCUACGUCGGAUGGUCGAUAAGGUUUUCUACUUCAAGAUUUUCCGAACUCAAAACGAUCCAACGUUGAUCUGCGAAACCUGCAAGGGAACGGUGGAUAGAUUCUACGAGUAUGCCGAGAAUGUAUGGAGGAAUCAGCAGUUCCUGCGGGAGAGCUCGAUUCCUUCGACCAGUAGCAACAUGCAGGUCGCUGCGAAGGUUGAGAUAGACCCACAACUGGGGUCGCAAAAAAUGGCUAAGAAGGUAAAGGAGGAAGAGGAGGACGAGGAUAAUAUUUAUGAGGCAAAAGCAUAUGUGGAAACAAGUUAUGACAUUGCGGAUGAAACGGCUCGAGGAAACAAUGUUAAGACUAAUCGCGAAUGGAUGGCACCGGAGGGCACUGAAGAGGCAGACAAUGGAAAUGAGUCGGAUGAUUCAGAAGGGACCGAUAGCGAUGCUAUUGAGAACCAAGAUGAAACAGCGGAAGUUAAUGUGGAAAAACCCAAACGAAAGUAUACCCCAAAUAAUAGAGUAGUGAAAACGGUUACUCCAAAGAUGGCCCUUGAAGAGCAACUACUACAGCAUUAUAAAUUGAGCUGUGAUUUGUGUUCGGAACCGUUGGCCAGUUUUGCUGAGCUGAUGGCACAUUUUAAGCACAUUCACAAUCAACAGGGAUAUUUAAAGUGCUGCAACAAGAAAAUCCAGAGGAAAUACUGGAUGAUCGAACACAUCCAGGUGCACCUGAAUCCGGACGCAUUCCAGUGCGUUAUCUGCAAGAAGAGUUAUAGCUCAAGUCGUGUGUUGAAGGAACACAUUAAAGAAGUUCACACGCCGAACGAAGAACGAGCGAUCAAGUGCGAAACCUGUCAGAAGCCGUUCGCAACGCAGCGAGCACUCAGCUCUCACCUGAUGGCGGCUCAUGGCUCUGUUCCUUGUCCGCAGUGUCCCAAGUUGUUGGCCUCGCAGGGAUCGCUAAAAAAGCACUUGGUCAUGAUGCACGGCGAGGGAGAGCAGUAUGUGUGUGACAUUUGCGCCAAAGUAUUCCGCUCGAAACCCUGCUUUGAUAAGCACGUCAAGAUCCAUAUGGGAACCUUUGAAGCCGAGCGGGUUCAGUGCGGUGUGUGCUUCGCUUGGCUUACGGACAAGUACUGUCUGAGAAAGCACAUGCGUCGCAUUCACAGCAACGAGGACGAAGUGGUGGAUUGUGGGGAGUGUGGCCGACCACAGCGCAACCAAAUCAUGCUGAAAAUGCACGUGGCCCGGGCUCACGGCGAAAGUCGCUUCGAGUGCGAAAUUUGCCUCAAGAAGUUCAAACGGUCGCAUCACAUGAGGGAACACAAAGCGAUUCACCACACCGGCGAGGAGCUGUACGGUUGCGACUACUGUCCGGAGCGGUUCAACAACAAGAACAAACAGUGUUUGCACCGGAAGAUGUGCCAUCCGGUUGAGUUCGAGGAAGAGAUGCGCAAGAGAACGGGUGGGGUAGGGGUACUCCCUGUCCAGCACUACUGAAACCAUUAUCUUCACUGCCCUGCGGGUCGGUCAAGAAAACACUUAAAAGUAUACAUUGCACAUGGCUCUCUAGUCUUGCCGAACGAUGACUGCGACAAUGACCAAAUUUGAGUUUAGUUUACUCAUAAAUCGCAAAAGUGCAGGAAUUCAGUUUUUUUGUUUGCCCAGGAGAAACUUACCGAAUAUGAGAUUAGGUAAAGAUUGGAUUCACCCUGUCUAUUGGUACUACUCCUAGACUGAGUAAAAUGUUCGUCAAUUUUCUUAAUUUUUCGGCAGAUUUUUUAGAUUUCCCACAGGAAAAAAUUGGGCAAAUUUACUAAUCGCUAAGUCCCUCACUUUUUGCGAUUAUGAGUAAACGGAACUCAAAUUUGGGUUGAUCUCAUUGGCCGUGUGGGUGUCCUGCACAUUACACUGACAGUCCCAUGACUUAAGAAUGUAAAAUGAACGAGUACAUAGCAAUCAAAAGAAGGCAGAAUUUCAUUCGGGGAAGUGGCCAUUCGGAUAUAUCAGGAAUAACAUUUGAUAACGGCACAAAAGUAUUUGUAAACAAACUUUAUAAGGCCCUUUACAC